UAACUCCAUUAAAAGGAGAACCUACCCAUACUUUGCUCCUCCAUUGUGCUCCCUGGAGGAGAAGAAGAGCUCUUCUCCUCCCUCAUACUUAUAUAGUGGAAAGUAAAGGGAGGAGAAAUUCUCAUCUUCUUCUUGCAACAAGGUCCUCUAAUGGAGAUUAAGAGGUUCAGUGCUCUUAUUUUUAUUCUGAUAUUGGCUUCAUUGAUGCCUCUUUCAUCAGCAGGUCGUGGGCAGAGAAUAUUGAUUGGAAAACCUCUGCCAUUUUCAGCACAGGAACUUUCUAAGAAGCAUCAUCAUAGAAUUCUCAGAGUAACAACCAAUGACUAUGGAAACUAUGAACCAUCUCCAUCAUUGUCCAAACCUCCAUUCAAGCUCAUUCCAAACUGAAGUAUUAUAAGAAAAAAGAAAAGAUUACAGCAUUCUUUGAUCUCUUCAUAGUUCAAGGGGGGAAUAUCAAAAUAUUGUGUUACAUUAUUAAGAUAAUUGUGAUGUGCAGUGAGCAACUUGUAAAUAUGUAUUUUAUCAGGUUUUUUGUGGCAUGUUGACUUUGUUUUAUAAA